AGAAAAUCAGUCGAGCGCUAUAAAAAUCGGUGGAUUUACCUCAGCAGUCUAGAAGUUUUUCAGACUCCUCAAUAUAAUCUCUACUAUUGUGUUAGCAUGGCGAGCGUUAAUUUUCUCGUUGUGUUCGGUAUUCUAGCCAUGAUCAACAUGGCAUAUUGUGACAUAGUUACGGACGUCCCUUGUUACAGAAGACCUUUCCAGACAUACAGAUUGCGUUGCAUCGCCGAAGAAGGAAUUGUGCCGAAUGGUGACUUCAUACAGAUGGAUGUGUGCGUGUUCAAGGCUGCUGAAGUAGUCAACGAAGACGGUGACAUAGAUGUGGGGAAAUUCGUGAGAAUUGUUCAGAAUGAUGCUAUCAAUGGUACAAUAUUUCUUGACAAGUACAUUGAAGGCCAGCGCAAGUGCCUAGAAAAAGAGACAUAUGACAAUGCGCAAGAGGCAGUCAAAGCUUGGAACAAUUGUGAGAAGGACACGAAAGUAUUCUUGAAGCAGGCACUAUGCAAUGACUACGAAAGAGACGCUCAGAGUUCUGAACAAUUGUGAGAAUGAGUGUGACACUGAAAUAUUAUUGGGGAUAGCAGUAUGCAAACGAUGAUGUGGCAGGAAUUUCAGUAGCGAAGCGGUAAAUCGGUUUAGACCUCAGUUGAGUCUUUGAGGAAUAUCUCCGAAUCUUUUUUUUUAUCGUUGUUUUACAUCGCUUCGCCCCGGCUAGGGUAUACUGCGUUGAUGAUGAAGACUUUAAAUGGUUAGAUCGCACCAUUCUACCCGGCCGGGAUUUGAACUCGGAACGUUUCGCAUGUGAGGA